AUGUUUUACCUUCAGAUAACGAUACUCUGCGUGGCAGUGGUCCACGUCAUUUGCGACCUACCUCCCGGAACGAGACGUAACACGUACCUGCCACCCGAGCCAACGAAGGGUUACAAUUACGAUACACCUCGAGUACCGUUCCCAAAACCCUCGACCUCACGGCCCCCCUUCUCCACGACAACACCAUAUCCAAGAACAAUGCGCCCCUAUCCUAGUACCAAGCCAGUCACGAAAUUCCCGUCGUCGAGACCGACUCCGAGCGAGGGAUAUCCACCUACAGGUCCGAGACCCACCCCAGAGUUCCCAGACUAUGGAACACCGACUGGGCCUACCAGUAACACCAUUACUCCUGGUGGACAUGAUCACCAUCACCACGAGCCGGGCAUGCCGUUCGAUUUCAACUACGCCGUGAAGGAGGACGCGUUCGGCAACGAUUACUCCCACAACGCCAUAAGCGACGGCGAUAUCGUUCGCGGGGAAUACAGAGUCCAGCUUCCGGACGGAAGGCUGCAGAUCGUCCGUUACACCGCCGAUUGGAAGCACGGGUUCAGUGCGCAGGUCUCCUACGACGGGAACCCCCGUUUCGACGUUCCACGGCCGCCAGGCACCUUCGCUGGCUAUUAA